UCAUACUGAACAGCAAAAAUAUAGUGAACCGAAUCGUAGAUGAUACGUGAUUUCAGGGCUUGUUGUGUAUGAUUCGCGACAUACUCUUGUAGAAUUUUCAUCACUAUCCACGCAUUCCAUACACUGAUUGAGCUCGGCGAUGGUUGGAGAGACGAGAAACGAAUCUGUGAAAAAUGCUAAAAUAGCGCCAAAUUUCGAACAAACAGGUGAAACCAACAUCAUGAAGAAGGUCGAAGACAAACCCCUUACCUGGUGGCUGGUUUUUAUAUUGCUUUUGAUUGCAACUGUUACUACUCGAUUUUACAAAGUAACAGAGCCUGAUCAUGUAUGCUGGGAUGAAACUCAUUUCGGUAAAAUGGGCAGUUGGUACAUAAACCGGACUUUCUUCUUUGAUGUCCAUCCACCACUAGGGAAAAUGCUUAUUGGUUUAUCCGGAUAUCUAACUGGCUACAAUGGUUCAUUUCCAUUUGAGAAACCUGGAGACAAGUAUGAAGAUACAAAAUAUGUAGGAAUGAGAGUAUUCUGCACGAUGUUGGGUGCAACUAUCGUCCCAUUAGCAUUCCUUACUGUUUGGGAAUUGACGCAGUCUUUGCCUUCAUCUGUUUAUGCUGCUACUUUUAUUCUAUGCGAUGUUGGUCUACUUACGUUGAAUCAAUACAUUCUUCUGGAUCCAAUUUUACUGUGUUUCAUGAUGUGUGCAUUAUGGGGAAUGGCUCGCAUCGGCUCAUUGCAGCAUCAACCAUUUACAUUCUCCUGGUGGGGUUGGAUGUCAUUUACUGGCAUGGCACUUGCAUGUACCAUAAGUGUUAAAUUUGUUGGCCUCUUUAUUGUCCUGUUGGUUGGACUCUACACGUUGCAUGAAUUGUGGAGAGAACUUGGCGACCUUUCGAAGCCUGUCAUGAAUGCAGUUGAACAUCUGUUGGCUAGAAUUCUUUGUCUCAUAGUAUUACCAAUAAUUGCAUAUAUGGUGUUUUUUUACAUCCACCUGGUUGUUUUAAAUAAAAGUGGCAAUGGAGAUGGUUUCUACAGUUCAGGAUUUCAGUCACAGCUGGAAGGAAAUUCUUUGCACAAUGCAACAAUGCCUCGCCAUUUGGCAUACGGUGCUAUCAUAACACUUAAAAACCAUCGCACCGGAGGAGGUUAUUUGCAUUCACAUUGGCAUUUAUAUCCAGAAGGAAUAGGAGCUCGUCAACAACAGAUAACUACGUAUUCGCACAAAGACGACAAUAAUCGUUGGUUGCUGAAGAAAUUUGAUACGAAUGUCGUACCGCCCGAUAGUGUACUAGUAAAACACGGUGACUUAAUCCGACUGGAGCAUGUAGUGACUCGCCGAAAUUUACACUCACACAAAGAAGUAGCCCCCAUUUCAAAAAAACAUUACCAGGUCACUGGAUAUGGAGAGAAUGGCACUGGAGAUGCAAAUGAUGUUUGGAAAGUGUUGAUCGUAAAUGGGAAAGAAGAUGAUAUUGUACAAACAGUAACAAGCAAGCUGAAAUUCGUACAUUACCUUCAUCACUGCGCGCUUACGAGCAGUGGAAAAACAUUACCUAAAUGGGCAUAUAGUCAACAGGAAGUUUCUUGCAAUCCGAACAUGCGAGAUAGAAACUCUUUGUGGAAUAUAGAGGAUAAUAUUUUUGCCAAAUUGCCAAAUGUCAGUUUUCAAGUAUACGCACCUGGUUUUCUGGAAAGAUUUCUGGAAUCACAUGCAGUUAUGUUGCAAGGUAAUUCGGAUUUGAAGCCAAAGGAGGGAGAAGUUACCUCAAGACCAUGGCAAUGGCCUAUAAACUAUAGGGCACACGCUACAGAGAAAAAGGGUCAAUUCUUUUCUGGGAGUAAAAAUCGCAUUUAUCUACUCGGAAAUCCCAUUAUAUGGUGGGGAAACAUAGCAUUUUUAAUUCUCUUCUCUCUCGUAUAUCUAUUCGCCUCUGUGCAAGAACAGCGAGGAUAUCUGCAGGAUCCUGAUAUUUUAAAUCGAAGAAGGAGAAUACUCAAGGCUGGCAUGUGGAUGUUUAUAGGAUGGCUCUUACAUUAUGUUCCAUUUUGGGCAAUGGGACGUAUACUCUACUUCCAUCAUUACUUCCCUGCUUUACUGUUCAGCUCCAUGCUGACCGGAAUAACAUUAAACUACAUUCUGGAAACUAUACCCACGUUCGUUCCAGGCAUGAUUGGGGAUACUAUUUAUCAUUUUAUAGUGGGGCUAGUAUUAUCUGGAACUGUAUAUAGUUUUCUAUUCUUUGUCAGCUUUUACCUGUUUUCUCCAUUGGCCUACGGCAUGGACGGACCAUCAGCCUCGCAUCCUGAAAGUCCAUUAUAUCCACUCCGCUGGAUGGAAUCCUGGGAGUUUUAGUUCAUACUAUAAGUCUUCACAUAACAACCUGACUUAUUACAUAGUCAAGGUCUCGUAAAGGCUGAUAUUUACAGUGUCAAGUAAAUUAUAUUUUUUAUGUACGCAAUUUUGAUACUAUAUAUUUUAUUGUGUUGAUAUGUACGUAUUAUAUGUUGAAGAAAUG